AACAAAGGUAGCAAAGGACAAGUAAUGUUCCCUUUAUAUUCCAGGCAUCUGAAGUCAUAGCUCAUAAGCACAUAUUUGUUAGCUAGCUAACGGUAUUCAAUUAUCUCAUAAACUAACUCAUCUUUGUAAAAAUGCGGUGCAAGACAGUAGAAACAUCAGAUGCUAAGCACAACAAGGGACUAUGGUCACCGCUUGAAGAUGAGAAGCUUAGAAACUACAUUAUGAAUCACGGUCAUGGAUCUUGGAGCUCUCUCCCUAUGAAAGCUGGUUUGAAAAGGAACGGGAAGAGUUGCAGAUUAAGGUGGAUUAACUAUCUAAGGCCAGGAUUGAAGAGAGGAACCUUCACUAUACAAGAAGAGGAUACUAUCCUCACUCUUCAUGGGAUGUUGGGCAACAAGUGGUCUCAGAUAGCACAACAUUUGCCUGGUAGAACUGACAAUGAGAUCAAGAACUACUGGCAUUCUUAUCUCAAAAAGAGAACGGUUGAAAUAGUUAAUUUUGAAGAUCAAACAAGAACAGCCACAAAUUUACGCAAUAGUACAACUACAAUCGAAGCUGCUUCAUCUGUUUCAUCCUUAAACUCAUCUGACAACACAGAAGCUACAUUACCAGAUGCUGAUCAUCUUGUGGCACGUCACAGCAACUUACCUAAGGUCUUAUUCGCCGACUGGCUUUGCCUAGAUCAAUUCCAAAGUCAGGAGUUUAGCCAUUCAAGUCAGCCAACUUUUGCUAAGGACACUAUUGUUUCCAACACUGAGUUCCACAAUUCCCUUGCCACUGAACAAUUUGUCCAAAGCAACAGUAGCCGAGGAGGUCUCACCAAUGACUCGUAUGGGUGCGAUAUGAUUUCUCGGGCAGAGCUCAAGUGUGAAGAUCAGAGCCUGGACAAUGAGCUUCUUGAAUUUAUCUCUGAAAAUAACAUGUGUUUUGAUUUCAGUAUGAAUAAUCUCAUGUUCAUCUGAGAAGUGACUUAUUGUUGUUCUGAUAUAUUCGAAAAAAUAUAAGACAACAAUGCUAGAGGUUCCGAAACAUUUGUGAAUUGGUACAUAAGAUGAUGCCGGAACUUGGUAUUGCCAACUGUACAUUUUCCUUGACUAAUAAACUACGCUACUUUUUUAGUACGAA